UUACAGAUUGUAUUGUCUUGAAGAAGUGAAGAUGGCUGGCUGGCUAGCUAGCUAGCUAGACACAAGAUGCACAUGAACUUCGCUGCCUAGCUAGUGACGUUACUAGUAGUAAACUUGAGUGAACGGAUAUUCUAUGACCCUUAUUUGCUGUUGUUGUCUUUAGCCAUGUUGUUGGGUGUAUGAAUCUGACCUGUCAGCUGACAAAACCCCACCAGAUAUCCGACUGUUCUACGAAAGGGCAGGGCGAUAGAAAGCAUGCCCUUUCUACAUGGCUUUCGCAGGAUCGUUUACGAGUACCAGCCACUGGUGGAUGCCGUGUUGAGCGUCGUAGGGGUGGAGGAGAAUGCAAGUCCCCAGGGCAGGAGCAGUAAUGUAGAGAACAAGGGCGCCCUCUGCCAUUCACUGGUGGAGUUGCUGGAGAAAGAGUCACAGUCUGCGGUAUUUCAGGAGGGGAUAAGCUAUUCCCUGUUCAAAGUUGCAGAGCAUGGUUUGGUCUUUGCUGCUGAGGUUCUCCUGCGCUAUGGGGCAGACCUGAACUUUGAGGACCCCGUGUCAUACUACAACCCCCUGCACAUAGCAGUAUUGAGGAACAGGCCUGAAAUGGUGCAGGCCCUGGUGCGCCAAGGGGCCAACGUCAACAAACGGGAUCGGAUCCACGAGUGCAGCCCGUUGGACCUGGCCAGCGAGGAGCUGGAGAGGCUGCCCUGCUUACGCGUUCUCCUCGACUUGGGGGCCGACGUCAACGCCAGGGACAAGAGCGGAAAGACAGCGUUGCUCCACGCGUUUGCCGUCAGCGAUGGAAUCACUGUGAACAACAUAGCCAACAUUCAGCUGCUUCUGGAGAAAGGUGCGGACGUCCGGGCUGCCACGGAGGAGGGGGAGACGGCUCUGUCCUCGCUGGUCUUCCUGGUGAAGGAGGCGCUGGAGGGCAACGCGGAGGACGUGCGCGAGGCGGGCCGCUUCUGCCUGGCCGCCACGCGGCUCCUGCUGGCCCACGGCGCCGACCCCAGCGGCUGCGAGGGCGACGGUGGGGAGGGGGAGCCCUCCCUCACCCAGACCUGCCUGGAGCACUUCGACCUGCUCUUCCCUCUGGCCGUGCUGCUGCUGCAGAGCGAAGCCGCCUUCCGCUGCCCCUGCCCGGGCGCCCCCUGCUGGACGGGACAGGGCCUGAUCUUCAGCCGGCUGGAAGCCGUCCUCCGGGAGAACCCCGGCUCGGCGGAGGAGGUAGCGCCGGCGGCGGCGGCGGCGGCGGGCGAGGUCUUCGCCCAGGCGGAGUUCCUCCUGGACCUGGCUCAGGUGACCUCGCCGACCCUCCCGCUCACCUGCGGGCUGGGCCUCCCCGUCGCCUCGGAGCUGGACCGCCACGGCCGAGCGGUCCUGGAGUUCCGCCGCCGCGUCUGGAGCCGGGAGUGCGGCCCGCCCCCCCUGCGCAGCCUCUGCCGGGCCUUCAUCCGCCGGAGCCUGCAGCCGUGGCCGCUGGACGGCAAGGUGAAGGCCCUGCCCCUGCCGCACCGGCUGAAAGAGUUCCUGCUUCCCGAAAUCGCCUAUAAACCCAAACCCGGCCAGGACUGCUUCAGGCCACACCGCCCCCUCCGGUGAACCAACUGCGGCCACCAGAGGGCAGUGCAAGGCAUGGUGGGAGGAGGCUCAAGCCCUCCUUGCCUUUCUAAUGUGACUGGUCAGUUUACCAGCAUGGCAGUCAGUUAGUGGCAUUAAAAUUUAUGCCCGGUUUUUCCCUUUGAAGGUUUUGGACAAGGAUAUGGAAUUUCUGAAAUGCACAUAGAUGUGGACUGUGGCAAUUUGAAUAAAGGUUUAUACAUAUUCAUGUGUGAAGUGUAUAACUGGUAUUCUGAAAUGUGUAAACAUCAAAGGCUUGUGCUGCUGGGAUAGCUCAGCUGGAAUGCAGCUAAGAUCUGGGGUGGAAAGACUUAUUUUUCACAACAAUAAAGCCUUUAAUGUACUGA